GCUAGAUUGGGAACAAGGGAGACAAUGGAUUGCAAUAAUAGAGCUGGAGUUCAUUACUCCAAGGAAAUGCUAUAAUAAAGCUGGAUUUCAGUGAAGUAAAUGCCGUUGGGACUUGCAAGUCACCAUUCAAGGGGUGUUUUUUCAUCUCCAUACAUUGCCAAGCUUACAGGACAUGCCAUCUGGAUCCCUCUUGGAGUUUAUGGCAGAGUAGGGAAGCAUUGUUCUUGUAUCCACUGGUGUUAAAAAUUUGAAACAUAGAUCAUUCUUUAUUUAAAAAUGUCAUCAUUUUUAAGUUAGGUAUUUUAUAUAUGCAGGUAUAUAUAUGCAGUUGGAACCAUUCUUUAUUUCCUUUGGAGCUGCUAAUGAUUUUUUGCUUCCUUAAAAUGGUGAUUUUAACAGGGAAGGGGUACGACAGCUCUCUGUUAUAAGUUAAAAAGGAUUAUCCUGAUUUUAAAUGUUUUUCUGGACCUUUUGCAGAUCUCGAUCAAGAUCCAAAUCUCGUUUGCCUUCCAUAAGUGAUUUCUCAUUUACUUUCAGACUAUAUUUUAUGUGCAUUUGUUUCAGAUAGUUGUUUGACACUGCCCCUGUUUACCAUGGAGCUGGACCACUAAGUUCAAGGAGACUUAAUUCUGGUUUACCAUUGUACUUGUUGCUUGUGCUUUUCUUCCCCACCCCCCCCUUCUCCCCUCCCCCUCCCCCUCUUUUUAAAAUUGGUCCGCAGCAUCAGAAGGGUGCGAGUAAAAGCCCAAAAAGGCAUAGUCUGAGCAGGAGCCCUAGCGGGAGCAGAAGCAGUAGGAGCAGGAGUUUAUCCAGGUGAAUGUGAUUGUAGCCAAUCUGUGAUUCGGAAGCGUGCAAGGAUGGAACUUAUCUCCCUUUAAGUUUAUUUGUAGCAGCAAAACCUCUAAUAGGGUGGACAAACAAUGGUGGAUUUCAUGGUUGGCUUCUGAAACAUCUUUUGUUUGACUGUUUAUUUAAUGCUUUAAACCUUGAUUAUCAUACUCAAGGGGUCUCAAAACUUGAUUAUUGGUUAUUAGUCUUCUUGGCAAUUAUAUGUAGGCUCCAAAAUUUGGUCUGUUUGAGCCUCCUUGAUGUUGCCCGGUCCUUUUCUUUUCAUUU